CCUCUCCUGCCUCGCGUCACCAUUCAGUACUGCACCCAGUGCAAAUGGCUGCUGCGGGCAGCCUACUACGCGCAGGAGCUGCUGUCUACCUUCUCGACGGCACUAGGGGAGGUCGCUCUGCAGCCAGCAACGGGCGGGCUGUUCGUAGUCGAGAUUACUUUCCCCGCCGAGCCAGACACGCCUACGGCGGCAGCAGACGGAGGAACCAGAAACCAACAACAGACGGCAGGUUCGGCACCAUCAAAUAACCUGUCGUCCCACCGCCGCGCCGUUCUCUGGGACCGCAAAGUCGACGGCGGCUUCCCAGAGACCAAGGAGCUCAAGCGCAGAGUCCGAGACGCCAUCCAGCCGGGCCGGGACCUCGGCCACGUCGACCGGAACUAC